AUGCUAUUAGAAAAUCUGGGAAUACCAAAAACUGAAGUCCAAGCGAACGAAGUUGAGGGCAACAGCUGGUAUGGCAUUAUAACUAUGUUAUCGGGCGUGCGUGUGUGGUACCACGAAACGAGGGACUUACCGCCUCUCUGCCCAGUAUCUAAAAAUCUGCCGGCGCAUCUAUGUAGCUCAACUCAUCAAGAUUGGAUAGAUAGUGGCAACAACAAGAAAGCACUACAGGAAUGCAUUAAGGUGCUGAAAAAGACUCCAAAUCUACAUUGUGCAAAAGCAUUACAAGCUCUGACAUUACAUCGAAUGGGCAAGGAAAAUGAAAGUACUGUCAUUUUAGAAACUCUCACAAAAGAAAAACCUAGUGAUGAUGCUACUUUACAGGCUAUGACACUUUGUUAUAGAGAAACGCAACAAUUGGAUAAAAUAUGUAUCCUUUAUGAAGCAGCACUGAAAAUUGAUCCCAGCAACGAAGAAUUGCAUACCCACUUAUUCAUGGCAUAUGUUAGAAUUUCUGAUUUCAAGGCUCAGCAACAGAGUGCAAUGGCUUUGUAUAAAACGAAACCAAAAAAUCCUUAUUAUUGCUGGGCUGUUAUGAGCAUAAUACUACAAGCAACAAGAGGUGAAGGUUCCAAAGACCCCCAAAAAAAGAAACUUCUUUUGUGUCUCGCUGAAAGAAUGUUCAAUAAACUGUUAACUGAGAAUAAAAUUGAUGCUGAACAAGAAGUGCAGUUAUAUGUGAUGAUUUUAGAACUACUUGAAAAGUACCAAGAAAUAUUAGAAGUUUUCGAUGGUCCUUUAGGUUCAAAAUUACAAUGUACAAACCUCCCUCAAAACAAGCUUAAAUAUCUCAAGAAAUUAAAUAAAUGGAGUGAAGUUAAUUUGAUUUGCAAACGUAUUUUGAUCAACAAUGUAGACAGAUGGGAUAUAUGGAAGGAAUAUGUUAACUCUGUAUUAGAGUUAAUGUCAGUAAACAACUCAUUUGAUAAUGGAGACUCUCUUAAUGGUUGCGACAACGAAAUGGAAUCUGUUGAUGAUACCGCUGAUAAAGCUCAUGAAUUUAUCUGUAGAAUAUUGGAAAAUGAAGUAGGACAUGAUUUCCUGUUGCGAGGUGCCUACCUAGCGCGAUUUGAACUGUGUUCAAAAUUGAUGGAGAAGAAACUGAGUACUACGGAGCUUCUUGGUGAAACUAUUGAGUUGUUUAUAGAAUAUUUUAGAAAGUUUGGUCACAAACUUUGUUGUGUCUCAGAUUUGAGAAUAUACUUGAAUCUUUUGAAUGCUGAAAUGAAAAGUGAACUAUCUACUAGGCUGAUCAAAGAUGUUGGAAUAAGUUCAACAAGUGUGCCACAAACGGAGCAUCAGAUGCAGCGUCACAUAUGUGCUCUUCAACUUUCCCGUUUAUGUGGUGGACACAAAAAUCUGUCUGUUGAUCAUAUGAAAGCUCUGGUGACUGCCUUUACGUUGCACUAUCAGCAUGGUUACCAGACUUAUGGCAAAAACUUACUCACCACUGAUCUAGGUCCUUCGGAUCUUUAUACCUUAAUGGCGGCUCAUAUUCUUUAUGACUUGGCACAAAUUGAAAAAAAGGCUGAUUCUAUUAUUGUAGCACUCAUGUUAUUGGAAAAUUUGUUGAAGAAUUCACCUAACAAUUUUCAUGCUAAACUGUUGGCAGUUAGACUCUACCAUUCUUUGGGCGGUGGUUCCUGUGCUCAGGAAAUGUAUUGUAGUCUGGAUAUCAAACAUUUACAAUUAGAUUCCUUAGGCUUUAUCCAUUGUGCAAGGUUACCAACUACAGGGUUGUUUACUUUAUGUACAAAUCUGUUUGAUACUACUUUGAAAUUCUUCUCUUCCAAUUAUAAGGAUAGCUCAGACCACUUAACAUUCUCGUAUAAGUUUGGAUCAUUCAUAAAAUUAGACGAGUUCAUGGACUUCAGGGAAAGAAUGAAUAAUAGUUUGCAUUAUAACACCGUAGCUGUAGAUAGGAUCAUGUUAAAUUUAGUGGAAUGCAUGUCUCUGGAAACUUUGUACUCCCUAAUCAUAUCACCAGAAGACAAUAACAUAGAAUGUGAUCUAUUAAGGUAAGAUCACGAUCUCAGUGUAUAUAUAUCUUGGGACCCCGAAAGAAUAGCAGUUAACCCCGAAGACUGGAAUGAAACUAAACAAUUAUUUGAACAAGAUAAAUGUUUUGUGAAACUUCGAACGUUUAUAUUAUUUUCUAUGGCUAAUGCUGUUGAGAUUGUUAAAUCGUUCGACGGAACGAGACAAAAACAUGUGGAAUCCCUUAAAACAGUACUUGAGGAAUGGAAAAUAUUUCAUGAUAAAACAGAUUCUGCUAAGUUUGAGCCAAUUCAGCAGGGACUUUUACCAUUACCCCUACCUUCACGACUGCAUGGUGCUUUAGAAGCACCAUAUUUUUCUGUAUUCAAAUCAUUUUUCGAGUUUUUCUUGAGUUUGAUAUCUGAUGAUUUGGAAUAUACUAAAUGUUGUACAAAAUCCGUAGAAAACGAACUGAGCAACCUGACUGAAUUUUUGAGGGAAUCAACUCUAAGGAGAAGUAACGAUUUCUUAGAUAAACGAAAAUCUAUGGAACUUGCCGUAAAUUGUGUCGAGAUUGUUAGCGUAACAUCCCUCAUAUGUGUUUUAUGUGGCGAGUUGGUGAAACCCGUACAAGCAAAAAAAGGAAAGAGAAAGUCUAUUGAUAGUAAGAGUAAGGAGCAAAUAAAUACGGUGGCGGACAAACUGAAGAAAGAAAUGAACGUUUUUUGUGAUAUUUUACAAGACUGGGUCGAUUCAAGUCCAGUAGGAGAAGUCAACAAUAAAUUUGAAAGUCUAAAUUUAAAUCCGCAUGAUAAUAUUGUUGAUAAAAUUCUUCAAAGUUAUAGUAUUGCCAAUAAAGAAAUGCAACUUAUUUUAAAAACUAAAAUAAAACUUCUCACUUAAUUUGAAUGGCUGGUUUGAUUGAAGUUGUUUUUAUUGAUCUGUUUGUAUGUAUUGUAAAAUAAAAUGAUGAUUUUUAAAAA